AUGCAUCAGCCGGUGCUUGCCAAGGGGCUUGGAACGCGGCCCUAACAACUAACAAGUCAGGCGAAGACACGAUCGGAGCGUGACCAAAUGACUCUUUCCUGUAAUAGCAGCCCCGUGCUCUUAGCCAGUGCGUCCCAAGAGUAUAGAAAUAGUUAGUAUACUACCUCAGGCUUCAAGCAACGCGCCAGCUGCUCGGGGCGCCCGAACUGAACUAGGGGUAGCGUUCUGGGCCCACAGGCGCUAAUUAGUUAAGCAAUUGGUUGAGGCUCUUGCAAGGAACAUCUGUAACAGAAUUCUAGUCGCAACUACAGAAGUUCAGGACUUUGAGCAGAGAGCAGCAGAGCGAAGCAUAGAUGGGCCAGGGGCCCUCGUCGCCUCGUCGCCAGUACGAGGAGACGGGACGCCUUGGCGAGCUGACGUCGGGUAAUAUGCAAGCAGCGCUGGUAGCUGAGAGUGUCCGAGCAACGUCUGUGGCAUCGAGCGCUGCUAGCGUGGGACCCAGCAGCCUCGCAACGUCAACGCGACCGACGUCCCUCGCUCUGGAGGUGACCACCGCGUCCUCAACGACGGUCCAGGUCGCUCCUCUUGCUCCAGCUUCGGCAGCUGUGCCUGCUGCGACCGCGCCCCCCGCCGCUCCGCAGCCCGCGGGUGCACCCCCUCAGCCGCAAAACGCUCCUCCGGCUCAACAGCCGUUGCAGCGGGGCACCUCGCACAAGUCAACUGCGCUCAUUCCGGGAUGGUCGCGUGCAUGGUCGUCGCAAGCUCUGCAGCUGGAAUGCCAAAAGGCGCACCAGCCGCAGCGGACCAGUAAUGCACGCGAUACUUACGCAGUAUUGGAGCUGGAGGUGAUGAAGUAUGUUGCAUACUGCGGAGGAAUUACCGUCAAGUUUCGCAUCGACGACCUGCACUACGGCCCCGUGGACAGUAUAAUUUGGGGCCUGGCGUCUACACGGGCGUGCCCUGCGCUCCAGGCACCUGCACAACCAGCCAGCACCCCGCAGCCGGCCACUACCAGCACGCCUCCUACCUCCACUGACGCAGCAGCUACUGCCGGCGAGCCGGCGGGGUCGGGCGCCUCCUCCGUAGCAGCGGGUUCACCCAGCAGCGCCACUGGCUCGCCGUCCUCAGCGGCCUCCAACGUUUCGGCCGGCGGAGCGAGCGGCCAUCAGGCGGCACAGGUCGCGGCUGGCGGAGGCGGGGGUGGUGCAGCGCCGGCCUCCAGUGCAGCGGGUGCACCCAACACCCCUCCCGGCGCGGCCGCUCGUGGCGCCGACUCCCGGCCCAAAGUGCCGCGGUCGCAGGGUGUCUCCGUCAUCCAGGGCUCUGCUGGCGCGGGGGCCAAGCCGCCCGCUGCUGCCGGCGUGCCGGUGGACAGCGUGUCGCGCAAGCCGCUGUACAUGAUCAGCUCCACCAGCACCAGCCGGCCCGUGGAGGCGGGCGACGUGCUCAGCCUGGAGCUGGCGCCGCGCGAGGACAAGCAGCCGGUCAUCAUGUCCACGCUGAAGCUGAACGGCGUGGUGCUGCUGCAGUCGUCGCUGCCGUGCAGCAUUAUCUCGGCGCUGCAGAUGUACCCGUUUGUGACGGUGCUGCCGGGCAUGUCGGUGUCGCUGCAAGAGGCCACCACGCCCAGCCCGCUGUACACCUGGUUCAGCCCCACACCCAACGGCGCGCCGGAGACGCAGCUGUGCGAGCUUGACACCUGCGUCAAGUACCACACCUCCGCCACCACGCCCGUCAACCUCAGCCCGCAGGGCACCGGCGCGGCGGUGGACUUCCACGGCUCCACCGUGUUCACCACCGGCCGCCACCGGUGGACGGUGCAACUGGACAACUACGGGCCGCAUCCCACCCACAUCUAUGUGGGCAUUGUGACGUCCUCCAUGGACACGCCCGCCUCCAACGGCAGCAACAUCCUAGCCAACUUCGCGGGGCCGCUGCGGUCGCUGACCAGCUCCAGCAGUGCAGCGUCAGCGGGCGCGGGGCCUUCCAGUGCUGGGCCCGGCGGCGUGCGGCCGGCGACGGGCGCGGGCGAUGCGGCGGGGGAUGCUGGGCCGUCGACGGCUGUGGCGGGCGUGGACGCGGCGCCGUCGGUGCCGCGGCCGCAGGGCAAAUGGGGCGCCUGGAUGCGGCUGCAAGGAACGAACGCGGCCAACAACGCAAACCCAUCGCCGCUGAACGCGCCGCCGCCGCCGCGUGACGGGCUUGCGCACUUUGCGGAGUCUAGCUCAGCACACUGCUUCAUCACGGUGGACCUGGACCUGAACGCGGGCUACGUGCGGUUCUUCCGCAACGGCCACCUCAUCGUGUCGGCCUUCACGGGCGUGUCGGCGCCGGUCUCUCCAGCCAUCGCCUUCGUGCAGGCGCCGGGCCUGCACUGCCAGGCGGGCUUGGUGAAUCUGACAAAGCUGCGGCAGCUGGACCUGCGCUGGAACAGCGAGAACUGCUCCGGCGACCUGCGCCUCAACGGUCACAGUGUGUCAAAGGUGUCGGAGGUCUAUGGCGACUACUCCACGGUGCUGGCCAACCAGGGAUUCAUCUCCGGUGUGCACCUGUGGCUCAUCAAGGUGAACAACCUGUCGGAGCCGGACUCCAUCUUCAUCGGCGUCUGCCGCGGCUGCAUGCCGUUAGACCAGGACCCCCAGGACCUGCGGGACCGGACAUACUACCUUUCUAACGGCGUGAUUCGUGUGGGCGGCCGCCGCGUGGCGACCAACGUGGCCAACUUCCAAAAGGGCGACACCGUGGGCUGCGUGCUUGACGCGGACCAGGGCGAGAUCAUCUUCUUCCGCAACGGCGUGGAGCAGGGCCGCGCGCGCGGCAUCCGCGGCCGCCUGUACCCGUUCGUGUCGUGUGACAGCGAGGGCGAUCAGAUCACGCUGCUGGGCAGCUACAGCCUGCUGCUCAACCGCAUCCCGCGCCACCUUGCCGACAUGGAGUGGGACACGCAGCACCGCGGCCCCGACAUCGAGCUGUCCUCCAACUGCCUAACCGCCACCAAGUCCACGUCCAAUGGCCCCUCCACGGUGCGGGGCACCAUCCAGUACAGCGGCACGGGCACGCACGAGUUCCACGUCAUCUUGGACACGCUGGGCCCCGACGGCGUGUGGGUGGGCGUGGCGCCGCCGUCCAUGGACCCCGCGCGCUGUGUGGGCGACACCAGCUGCGGCUGGGCGCUGCACUCGGACGGCGACAAGCGGUACGACGGGCGUGAACAGGAGUUCACGCAGCCGUUCAAGAAUGGCGACGUGCUCACUGUGUCGGUGAACCUGGCGGUGGGCUCCAUCCGCUUCGCGCGCAACGGCACGCCGCUGGGCGCAGCGUUCGAGGGCGUGCGGGGGCCGCUGGUGGCGGCAGUGACCAUGGGCAGCGAGGAGAGCAAGGUCACCAUCCAAAACAGGCCCACCGUGCUCAACACGGGCGAGUACACGGGCGAGCUGAGGUGGGACGAGGCGCGCGCUGGCAAGGACCUGAACGUGAUUGACGGCCUGACGGUGACCAAGAUGUCCAAUGAGGGCGGCGACUACGCCACGGUACUGGGCACGCUGUGCCUGGCCUCGGGGCAGCACAGCUGGAACGUGUACAUCAACCACGUGGAGGACAGCAAUCUGUUCAUUGGCGUCAGUGUGGGCGGCCACGACCUCAACGCCGACCCGCAGGAGAUGAAGCACCGCACCUACUACCUGUCCAACGGCACCAUCCGCGUGGCGGGCAAGCUCAUCACGCGCUGCGCCGAGCCCUACGCGGAGGGCGACCUCAUUAGCGUGCAGCUAGACAUGGACCAGCGCCACAUCUCGUUCCUCAAGAACAACAUGCUGCAGGGCGCGGGCGAAGGGCUGCCGGCAGAUGAAGUGUGGCCGUACGUGUCGCUGGACAACAUCAUGGACUCCAUCACGCUGCACUCCAGCUCCAUGUUCGUGGACCUGGCGCACAGCCUGCGCUGGAACCCGCAGAAGGCCUCCAAGCACGCGCUGCUCAGCGCCGACGGCCAGUCCUGCACGCUGCGCCCCGUCAUCAGCCCCGCCACGGGCGCGGUGGAGGAGACCAGCGGCCAGGCGACGGUGAUGGGGCUGCGCGAGUACUGCAAGACGGAGGUGCACAGCUGGAUUGUGCGGCUGGAGCAGCAGCUGCCCUGCCAGCAGCCCGCUAACUUCCUGGUGGGCGUGGCGCCGCCCACCAUGGAGCUGAACCGCUCGCUGGGCGAGGAGCACUGCGGCAUCGGGCUGGACUACUUCGGCUACUUCUACGUCAACGGCCGCUACUUCCACGUCACCAACCUGUCCAACUGGUCCAUGGUGGCCAAGCCCGUCAGGGGCUCCACGGCCAAGCAUAAGGGCAAGGCCGCGCCCAUCUUCACGUUUGUGGACGGCAAGUGCGAGGUGACGCUGACGCUGGACCUGAAGGAGGGCACGCUCAAGUUCUCCCACGCCGGCCGUGCCAUCGGCACCAUCGCGGGCGUGAAGGGCCCACUGCACGCAGCCGUCACCAUCACCAGCUCCCGGCAAUCGGCGUCGCUGGCGCCCGGCCCCAUCGGCAAGUCGGAGCACACAAACGAGGAGCUGGUCAACAUCCUCAAGGCCAAGGGCUGCAUCAUCCCGCCCCGCCUGGAGGCCGCCAUGCUGGUCAUCCCGCGCGACCUGUUCGUGCCCAAGGACCGGCACCGGGAGGCCUUCAGGGACCAGAAGGUCACUGUGCGCAUGUCGGACGGCUCCACCAUGACGCUGCCGCCGCCCAGCUUCGUGGCCAUGGCGCUGGAGAAGCUGGCGCUGGGCGCGGGGUCGGGGCCGGCGGGCAGCGGCAUCAAGGGCGCCGCGUCGUUCCUGGACGUGGGCUGCGGCACCGGCUACGUGACUGCGCUGGCGGCGUGCCUGGUUGGCGACAAGGGCCUCGUGCACGGCAUUGAGUGCGUGUCCUCGCGCCUGGAGGCCGCGCGCAGCAACAUGAAGCAGCUGCGCGACCGGCUGUCCGUGCUAGACCGCACGCCCGGUUCCAGCAUCGCCGUCACCACGCUGGCCACCAGCCCAUCCAAGUGCGUUUCGUCCAUUGAGCUCAGCCUCAGCAACGUGCUCAUUCCCGAGUGCACGGACGGCACCACCUAUGACGCCAUCUACUGUGACGCCAGCCUGAGCGAGGAGGACCUGCCUACCUUCCUGUCGCUGCUCAAGCCCAACGGCCGCAUGGUGGUGGUGAUCGAGGAGGAGGCGCUGCUGGUGACGCGCUCCUCCAACCUGCACGACUUCGAGCGGGAGGUCGUCACGCACGUGACCGGCGACUUUGGCGAGCUGGAGGACCCCACGCCCUGGGAGGUGCAGGAGGCCAUCAGCCGCAUCAAGGAGCGCGAGCGGCGGCGCGGCAUCGAGGCGGCGCGCGCCGAGAUAGCAGCCAUCCGCUCCUUUGAGGCAGCGGAGAUGCAGCAGCGGGUCAGCGCCGCCAUGCAGCGCAUCGGCGAGCUGGAGGGCGUGGUGGCGCGCAACAACCUGAUGGCGCAGGCCGCCACGGCACCUGGUGGCGGCGCCGCCAAUGGCGCGGCGGCGUCGAGCGCCGGCGUGCCGCUGGACCUGCUGGUGGGCGCGGGGAACCUGACGGUCACGGCGCCAAUGCCGUCGCUUGCAGCUGCCAACUCGGCGCUGCGCUCGCCAGUGAUGGUGAGCUCGCCGGCACGGCCGCAUGCGGCUGCGCAGCACCCGCCGCGCUCGCCCAUGGGCCCCGCCGGCGCGGCAGCGCUGCGGCUGUCGGGCGUGGACGACGUGCGCAUGAUGAUGAAGGACAAGAGCCGCCGCGCCGCGGCUGGCAUUGCUGCCGCCGCAGGCGGGCACAAACCCUCGCCGCGUGGCGGGCGGCGCGACUACAACGCCGGCGCCGCAGGCACCUCGGACAGCGCCUGGGACGAGCGCGAGCAGCGCGUGGGCGGCUUGCAUACACGUAGCGGGCGCAACAAGUCGGGCGCGGGUAACGCCGCCUCGGGCGGCGGCCACGCGCACUACGGCGCGGACGACGAGCAUGACCAGGCCACGGACGACUACGCGGACGGCGAGGACGACGUGGACGCCGCCGGGCUGCCGUUCGGGAUGGACGUGGGUCUGCACGUGUCCAUGCCGCAGACCACGUUUGACGACCUGCUGGACUCGGUGUCCACCGUACAGUCGUUCACGGUGGAGCAGGUGGAGGCGAUGAUGGUGGGCGGCAGUGCGCCGGUGACGGUGGAGGGGCGCGAGGUGUUCAUGGGCACCUUCAAGGGCGUCAAGGUGCGCGUGUGGAAGGUGCCCAUCAGCCACUCCGUCUCCUACCUGGAGCUGCGCCGCGCCUACAGCCGCUACUGCAUCUCGCACCCCAACAUCACCGCCGUGCUGGGCGUCUGCAUCCAGCAAGCCACGCUGCCAAUCGCCUGGGCCGAGGACGAUGCGCCCGCAUCCCCCGCCAUCUCGGCGCCAGCAUCUGCGCCCACCUCCCGCGCGGCCACGCCGCAGCGGCCUAGCCACGCGCCGGGCACGGCACCGCGGAGCCCAUUCAAGCCGCCCUCGCUGCCGCUGCUUGACGAGAUGGGCAGCAUGGGUGCGCACAGCGACCGGCACACGCCCCUGCUGCACCAGCAGCACCAGGUGCUGUGGGUGGUGGAGGAGGCGUUCGGUGAGGAGUCGCUGCACACACGCCUGGAGCGCGGCCUGAUCAGCUGGCAGCAGGUGGUGCGCGUGGGCUCCGACAUCUGCAAGGCGCUGGCGUUCCUGCAGGACCUGCGCCCCACCGGCGGCGCCGCCGGCACGGACUUGCAGACGCCAGCUGGCGACGCGGGGCCGUCCUCGCAGGGCAUGUUCGAGGGCGCCGCUCAGCAGCAGCCCGGCGUGCUGCUGCUGUCGCCGCACGCGCUGCGCUCGCUGGUGUCGCCCGCCAACGUGCAGGUGGACGCGCAGCAGUGCAAGCUCAGCAUGCUGCCGGUGCUGCUCAAUCAACUAGAAGCGGCGCUGGGGCCGCUGGGCGACGGCGGCGGCAGCCUGCUGACCGGCAUGGGCACCUGUUACACGCCCGCCGCGUCAGCCAUGCCGCCGCCUUCCACCACCGGCGCCGCGGGCGGCGGCGGUCCCAUCCCGCCCACGCCGCUCCACUGCGACAUGGCCUACACCGACCCUGCGGCGCUCUUCACAGUGCCCGACUCGACCAGCCCCACCAGCUUCUACGCCUUCGGCGUGGUGCUGCUGCAGCUGCUGACGGAACAGGGUCCGCUGGGGCUGCUGUCGGCGGUGCGCGAGGCGCGCGCGUCCGGCACGCUCAGCAACCUGGUGCCGCGGCUGCCGGCCACGGCGGACAUGGCGGCGUGGGCCGAGACCUUCUCAGCGCUGGCGCUGCGCUGCGCCGUGCCCGGCGGCGUUACGUCGCUGGAGAGCGAGGUGCUGCCGGCGCUGGAGGAGCUGGGGGCGCGGCUUGUGACCCUGGGCUCGGCGGCCACGCUGAGCUGGGAGCAGGUGGAGGAAAUGCUGAUGUUGCCACUGCAGCCGCGGCCCAUGGCGGGGCCGGGGCAGGCGGGCGGCGGCGGCAGUGGGCUGAUGGACGCGGUGCAUCGGCGCUGGGUGCGGCAAGACUUCCGCAUGCGGCGCAAGAUGUUCCUGCAGGAGGUGGCCAAGCUGGCUGCGGACGGGCCAGUCCACAAGCUGGAGAUCCGGCGCAACCGCUGCUUCAAGGACAGCGUGGCCAUCUUUGCGGGCAAGGGCCACGCGGUGUGGCGGCAGCCGCUCAAGGUGACCUUCAUCGGCGAGGCGGGCAUGGACAGCGGCGGCGUGACGCGCGAGUGGUUCUCCACGCUCUCCUCCGCCAUCUCGCGCGGCUCGCCCGAGCUCUUCUACACCGCCGGGCCGCAGCGCAACCAGCUGUACGUCACGCCCACUUCCUCCUCCCCCGCGCACCUCAAGAAGUUCGCCUUCGUGGGGCUGUUCAUGGCCAAAGCCAUCGUGGAGAGCGCGGCGCGCGGCAAGGAGCUGGGCCCCAUCACGCUCAACCUGCCGCUGUGCGAGCCGUUCUGGAAGCUGCUGCUGGGCAACCCGCUCAGCCUUGUCGACCUGCAGCAGCUGGACCCCACCGAGUUCCGCUCGCUCAUGUCCAUCCUGUCGAUGGACAUCGACGGUCUCAUCUUCGAGAACUUUGUGUGGGCGUUCCAGCACCCCAGUGCCAGCAGCGCCGCCGCGGCCGCGGGCAACAUGUUCGCGAGCGCAGUGCCAGCCGUCUCCACGGCAGCCGGCGGCGCGGCGGACAAUGAGGUGUCGACGCCCACAAACGCGGGCGCGGCGGUGUCGGCGAUGGCCGCCGCCUCGCCCUUCGCCUGCUGUGACAACGACGAUGUCUGCGCCAACGCCAUUCCGCUCAAACCCGGCGGCAAGCACAUCAAGGUGACGAACUCAACCAAGCGCGAGUAUGUGCUGCUCAAGGCGCACAAAAUGCUGGUGGGCGCGGUGGAGUCGCAGAUGAGCGCGCUCAUUGACGCCUUCCACUCGCUCAUCCCGCGCGACCUGCUGGACAAGUACGCGUUCAGCAGCAUGGAGAUGCAGCUGCUGGUGUGCGGCGAGCAGCGCAUUGACAUCCAGGACCUCAAGCGGCACUGCAAGUACGAGGACGGCUACACGGGCAGGGAGGACAUUAUCGCGUGGUUCUGGGACGUGGCCGAGUCCUUAGACGACGUGCAGCGCCGCCAGCUGCUGCAGUUUUGGUCCGGCAGCGACGGCAUGCCCGCCGAGGGCUUCGGCUCCAUGGACCCCGCGUUCCACAUGGUGGCGGUGGAGCGCAUGUACGACGCCAACGACACCACCGCACGCCUGCCCGCCGCGCACACGUGCUUCCGCCAGCUGGACCUGCCGCGUUACGUGUCUAGGGACGAGCUGCGCGAGAAGAUCCUGUGCGCCAUCACCAUCGGCCAGGGCUACAUGGCGUUGUCCUAGCGGGGCGCUGCCUGGAACAAAAAUUAGACAUAUUUGGACGGGUGCUGAGCCGGCUGCAGCUGGUGCGGCCUGCCAGUGUGCAUCAUAGAAGCUGGGGCAGUCGAGGGCUGGAGGUAGUGUGGCGCCUUACAUUUGAUGUGCGGGUUUAAGGCGCAGCAGCACGGAUGUUGGCGUGCAUGCUCGGAUUCCACCUCCCUAGUCGGAUUUGUGUAUUGUGUAUGUGUAUUGUGUAUGAGACCGGAUGGGCAACUGAUAACAUUUAUCGGAUAUUGGACUGCUUGCCGCUUACCAAAGCCAUACCUGCACAACGCGACCGUCACAACGGCUCCCUCUGUAAUGUUACUUUUGACAGUCGUAUUGUUCGGCGGUGGCGCGGUGCCUGUAGCGCCGCAGCACGGUAACAAGCGUGCCUGUGUACCAGGGCCCAGGGGC